AUGAGCAAAAUUUUGUUUUCCGACUUCUGUGCCACAUUAGAAAAAAUAAACCUGACAACUAAGCGCCUUGAAAUUCAGUCUAUUCUGACGGACUAUCUGAAGGAGGUAUGCAAGACCCAUCCACAAUCGCUGGCUCCUGCCCUAUAUUUAUCUACCGGAAUGGUGUAUCCAGAAUAUUUCAAUAAGGAGCUUGGCGUUGGAGAGAACAUGCUUGUAAGCGUUGUUGCAGAGUUCACAGGAAAGUCCAUAAAAAACAUUAGGAGCGAGUAUUCGAAAGUAGGGGACUUGGGGACAAUAGCAAUGAAGUGCAGGGUGUCACAGCUGUUCAUACCAAAGACACAACUAGAGGUAAUGGAUGUGUUUCUUGGAAUGAGGAGAAUAGUGGGCGAGGAGGGCCCGAAGUCUUCUUCUUCGAAGAAAAGAAUCAUUCUUGGAAUGAUGGUCAAAUGCUCACCAUUGGAAUCUAAAUAUCUCGUAAGAUUAAUUGAAGGAAGACUCAAAAUAGGAUUAGCCCUCAAGACUGUGCUAAUAAGCCUUGGAAAUGUAUUUUCUAGUGACAAAGCCGAUGAGAUCAAGGCGGCAUUCAAUCGCCAGCCAGACAUAGGAAGGCUGGCAGAGUGCAUACUUGAUCAUGGAAUGGAGAAUCUCGCCGUAAGGUUCCAAGUUACCCCCGGAAUUCCCUUAAAGCCCAUGCUAGCAAAUCCUUCGAAAGAUCUGACAUCUGCAUUCAAAAGGGUCGAAAAUAAAAGCUUUGCUUGUGAAUAUAAGUAUGAUGGGGAGAGGGUCCAGAUUCAUAAGUUUGGCAGCAGCAUAGAGACAUUCAGUAGAAACUCUGAGAAAACAACAGAGAAGUAUCCUGACCUGAUGGAUCUGUAUAAUAUAUCUGACAAGGACUUUAUUAUUGAUGGAGAGAUUGUCGCAUAUGACAGAAGAGAGGGCAAGAUUCUUCCAUUCCAAGUACUGACGACAAGGAAGAGGAAGAGAGUGGAAAGCAGCAAAAUAGAUGUGCAUGUGUGCGUGUUUGCAUUUGAUCUAAUAUAUUUUGAUGGAAAGGCAUAUAUUGACGAGGUGCUAGAGGAAAGGCGAAGAGUGCUACACAGCUCAUUCCGAGAAGUGGAGGGGAGGUUUCAGUUUGCUGAGUUCAGGGAUUGCGAGACGCCGGAGGAUGCUGAGACAUUCUUCAGUACAUCUGUCGAAAAAGGAUUUGAGGGAAUAAUGGUGAAGACACUGGGGCCUGAUACAACCUAUCUGCCAUCGCAGAGAAGCAACAAAUGGAUAAAGAUUAAGAAGGACUACUUGGAAAGCAUGUCGGACUCUUUGGAUUUAGUUGUAAUGGGAGCAUAUUACGGAAAGGGAAAGCGAACUGGGUUUUACGGGGGGUUUCUGCUUGGGGUGUACAAUGACGAAGAGGAGAAGUUUGAAGCUCUAUGUAAGAUUGGAACUGGAUUUGAUGAUAGCAUCCUAUCGAAGCUUUAUGAGCAGCUAAGUAGCAAUCUUUGUAGCGCACCCAAGAACUAUUCGUAUAAGGAGUCUGUCAAGCCAGAUGUUUGGGUUGAAGCCAAGUAUGUAUGGGAGGUCAGGGCUGCAGGGAUGUCUCUGUCUCCAAUAUAUAAUGCUGGAGGGAGCAGAAAUGGAAAGGGAAUAUCACUAAGGUUUCCCAGGUUUAUAAGGGAAAGAGAUGAUAAGGGCGUAAAGGAGGCAACUACUUCCUCCCAGGUUUAUCAGAUGUACCUGGACUCUAAGGUUGAGAAUUCUGAGGAAUUCUAUUGA